AUGGUGGCAGCUCGCAGACAGCGACAAGCGCAAAAGUUGCAGGAGCAGCAAAUCUCUGCAGCGCUGACUGAAUCCAAGCCAGCCAGCAACAAAGUAUCGUUCGACGAUUCCGACGACGAUAACGCAGGCACCGCUCAGGCUUCCACGUCCGCUUCGACACCCAGCAUCCCCACGAAGAACGUAAGAGGCUCACAGGAUGACGACAGCGAUGACGACGAUGCGCCCAUCGAAGUGGUGAGCAACAAGACAUCCCGCAAACAGGCAGCGCAAGAUUCAGCCCGAGCAAAAGCGCAGGAGAAGGCCGAAAAGGCAAAGCGACAGGCUGCCGAGAAGAAGAGACUAGAGAAGCAAAAGAAGAAGGAAGCAAUCCAGGAGGUACUGGAUGCUAAUGCAACUGUGGAAGCGGCAGAAGAGGAGGAGCAGGUUUCGGCCGAAACGAACGACGAGAAAGGCUCAGAAAGCGAGGUAGAAGAUGCAGAUGCAUCAAGUCGACUGGAUCCUUCGCUCUUUGCUGAAGUCUUCGCAAAACCCGUCUCAACACCAAAGUCCGUCUUGAAAAAGCGCUCUGCCGAGGAGGCGGCGGACGAGGUAGCGAGACUGCAGAAAGAGAGGAAGCUGAAGCGCAAAAAGCAGAGAGCCGGUGGUGUGGUCAAAGGUAGGGAUGGCCUGCCGAUGAGACUGGCUAAUGAUGGCACUGUGCUCCGUGCUCUCAACACCGGGCCGUCGAACCGCAAGACUAGCUUUGACGGCGAAGAAGACCAACUCGAAGAGCCGCUCGACGAGAUGACACGACCCACACCGUUGGACCCUUCGGCUUCGCUGCCGAAUGCCAAGGCGAGAGCGUUCAAGAAGAGAGUCCUGGCCAAGAAGGAGCCUUCAAAGGCGACAGCUUCCUCGAAGGGCUCGAGUGCGAAGGCCAAGAAGAACGAGGACGAUCCUCUUGGGCUCAACGAUCCUGCCUUCUUGCCCGGCGGAGAGUUCUACCACCUGAUGAACAAAGGCGACAAGCCCAAAGGCGCGAAGCAGGGUCGUCAGCAGGAGCCAGCCUCAGCGCGUCAAUCUUUCCGUGGCGGAGGCACUCGUAAAGAGGCUGUCUUGGUGAUGCGUUCACGAAGCCGAAGCGGCCCAUCGCUUGGCUUUGCACGAAGUCAACAAGAUUCGGACGAUGAUAAUUAG